ACACAAUCAAACAAUUCCUCAGGUCAAGGUUCAUUGACGUGGGAGGGGGCACAGACGGCUUGCCGAGCAAAUGGAGAUGACUUAGCGAGCAACCUCACCCAAGAGGAUUACACAGAAAUUGUUAUCUUUAUGUAAAGUAUUUAGGAAAUGUUGGAAUUUUCAAAUGUGUUGGCUCCUACAGUACAUGAUCUAAACAAAUAACAAUAUAUCAAAAUAUUAUUACAUACUAUUCUACAACAUAUUUAUUACAUACAGUGGGGAGAACAAGUAUUUGAUACACUGCCGAUUUUGCAGGUAUUCCUACUUACAAAGCAUGUAGAGGUCUGUAAUUUUUUAUCAUAAGUACACUUCAACUGUGAGAGACGGAAUCUAAAACAAAAAUCCAGAAAAUCACAUUGUAUGAUUUUUAAGUAAUUAAUUUGCAUUUUAUUGCAUGACAUAAGUAUUUGAUCACCUACCAACCAGUAAGAAUUCCGGCUCUCACAGACCUGUUAGUUUUUCUUUAAGAAGCCCUCCUGUUCUCCACUCAUUACCUGUAUUAACUGCACCUGUUUGAACUCAUUACCUGUAUAAAGACACCUGUCCACACACUCAAUCAAACAGACUCCAACCUCUCCACAAUGGCCAAGACCAGAGAGCUGUGUAAGGACAUCAGGGAUAAAAUUGUAGACCUGCACAAGGCUGGGAUGGGCUACAGGACAAUAGGCAAGCAGCUUGGUGAGAAGGCAACAACUGUUGGCGUAAUUAUUAGAAAAUGGAAGAAGUUCAAGAUGAUGGUCAAUCACCCUCGGUCUGGGGCUCCAUGCAAGAUCUCACCUCGUGGGGCAUCAAUGAUCAUGAGGAAGGUGAGGGAUCAGCCCAGAACUACACGGCAGGACCUGGUCAAUGACCUGAAGAGAGCUGGGACCACAGUCUCAAAGAAAACCAUUAAUAACACACUACGCCGUCAUGGAUAAAAAAUCCUGCAGCGCACGCAAGGUCCCCCUGCUCAAGCCAGCACAUGUCCAGGCCCGUCUGAAGUUUGCCAAUGACCAUCUGGAUGAUCCAGAGGAGGAAUGGGAGAAGGUCAUGUGGUCUGAUGAGACAAAAAUAGAGCUUUUUGGUCUAAACUCCACUCGCCGUGUUUGGAGGAAGAAGAAGGAUGAGUGCAACCCCAAGAACACCAUCCCAACCGUGAAGCAUGGAGGUGGAAACAUCAUUCUUUGGGGAUGCUUUUCUGCAAAGGGGACAGGGCGACUGCACCGUAUUGAGGGGAGGAUGGAUGGGGCCAUGUAUCACGAGAUCUUGGCCAACAACCUCCUUCCCUCAGUAAGAGCAUUGAAGAUGGGUCGUGACUGGGUCUUCCAGCAUGACAACGACCCGAAACACACAGCCAGGGCAACUAAGGAGUGGCUCCGUAAGAAGCAUCUCAAGGUCCUGGAGUGGCCUAGCCAGUCUCCAGACCUGAACCCAAUAGAAAAUCUUUGGAGGGAGCUGAAAGUCCGUAUUGCCCAGCGACAGCCCCGAAACCUGAAGGAUCUGGAGAAGGUCUGUAUGGAGGAGUGGGCCAAAAUCCCUGCUGCAGUGUGUGCAAACCUGGUCAAGACCUACAGGAAACGUAUGAUCUCUGUAAUUGCAAACAAAGGUUUCUGUACCAAAUAUUAAAAUUCUGCUUUUCUGAUGUAUGAAAUACUUAUGUCAUGCAAUAAAAUGCAAAUUAAUUACUUAAAAAUCAUACAAUGUGAUUUUCAGGGUUUUUGUUUUAGAUUCCGUCUCUCACAGUUGAAGUGUACCUAUGAUAAAAAUUACAGACCUCUACAUGCUUUGUAAGUAGGAAAACCUGCAAAAUCGGCAGUUUAUCAAAUACUUGUUCUCCCCACUGUAUAAUUUACUCAAUGUACAUAAGUGGAGUCUCCCAUUCAGGUUGUUUGAUUUACCAUAUAGGAACAUAAACACAGUCUUGGUGGAUCCACUCUUUCUAGAAGGAUCUUUCAGCAAGACAACAGGGAGGAGGCUUGAUGAGGUUGACUGACACAAGGGUGUUUUCAAAGAAGGAGGAGAGUAGAUCCUCUUUAUAAACACUCCAGCUACAGUUCUUCUCCACCUGUCUGCUCAUCAAAGCCAAACAAGCCUUGGAGAGAGAGGAGGAGCCAAAAAGGUAUGUUUCAUUUUACUUUUACUAAUGGGAUAUUACAAGCACUUUCUUACUGUAUAACAUCUUACAUCAUGACUGAUAUUUUGGUGUCAAAAAGCAUUAUUUUAAAGUUGUUAUCUAGUAAAUCUGCCUAGUUUGGAUCACAGUGGCUUUCAUAAUGAGAUAUUUAUCAAGAACAAAAUAAGUCAGAAAAUGUAUUUUGUUGCUGCAUAUGUAAAGUGAUUAUGUAUUGACAUAUAAUACUGCAACAGCAUACCAGCAAUCAUUUGAUCAUAUCACUAAUCACUUGAUCAAUGGCAGUACUGUCUGUUUCUAAUCUAUAUGGGUCAAGAAAAAAGAAAAUGGGAUUCUGCCCGCAAAAUAUAUUGUUUAACUUAAAUGUUCAACAGAGCAUUAAUUUAUGAUCCCUAGCCAGAUUGGGUGGAAUUAAAAUCAUAAAUCAGGGAUCAGCCCUUAGUUUUGGUUCACACGGUCUGCAGCUAAACCCACUACAAUGACACACCAGAUUAUGUAUCACUUUGUCAAAUAUUGGCAUUAACAGAUUGAUGCUUCAUUACAGAAUAUUUGUUCCAGAGGAUGCAGAGGAGGAAUAAUUUGAGAAAAAAACAAGUUUUCCUGUUAAAGGUGACAGGCAAAGGUCAAGUUAGUCCUGAAUUCAAUCGGAAUCUCACCAAAACAAUAUAUUUUAUGUAAUACUAUGAAUAUUUAAAAGCAUCACAACACUACAAACUUUUCACAUUUUUUGGGAGGACAGAAGGGGGAGGAGAAAGGUUGAAAAAAGCCACUUCAGUCAUACUCUAUUUGCCAAGUGAAAUCCACUGACUAUUUUACAUAGCUUUUACAUUAAUCUCGGCAGCCAGAACCAAAUCAGUUACUCAAUGUUAAGGCUGUAAUGAGAUAAUUAUUUUCCAUAAAUUUGCUUUCAAUAUUUCCCUAUCCCAAAAUCCUAAUAUUAUCUUGUUUCGUGCAGAUCUUCAUAAAAGGUUUUCUAAAAAAAACAAACACCUUCUUUACCCUUUCACAUCUUUUCAGUGGCUAUGUGGCUCCCAACAGCGUUGGCACUGUUUCUGGGUAAGAAUUGUAUUCCCUUUUCCCGAACAUAUUUAAACUAAAAACAUCAGAUCAUUUAGACCAUGUAUACUGACCACAGUAUGCUGUUAUAGUUACCUUAUUUGCUCUACUGUGACACAUAUCCAUGUUUUUAGAUCUCAUUAUCUAUGUACAAGCUAUACAUCUGUAACAGAUACAACAUACACAUUACGUUUUGUGAUCUUUCUUGUUAAAUUUACAGUAUGGGAAUGUUUAGACUGUUUUCUUUUCCCAGGUGCAGCCCCUGACCUCUUCUUCAGCCAGCAGUCCUUGAAUGAGUCCUUCAGUGACACCCGAGAAGUCGAACCAUGUGAGUUUAUAUGCUUAUAUGCUAUAUAAGACGUAUCCUUCAUGGUUUAGUGUAAAUAAUCUUAUAUUGUAAUAUUGAGCAUCGACAAAGACAUUUCUGUCACUUUUGUGGUAGUUUAUCUUUCUAAUAAUGUAUUUGUUAUCCAAAUGAAAACCACAUUUGCCCCCAUUCAACAGCUCACUGCUCACAGGGAUUCAUGGUUGACCUAGUCUUUUACUGGAAUGACAUUUUGAUGGUGUAUGAACGGGAUGCCCAUCAUUACCGGCUUGCCUGCUCCCUGAAUGUUCCUGCUUCAGCUACGUGGUUAAAGAGUAUAAUCUAUUUGAGUAUUUGGGUUGCCUGUUUGGGUGGUGGUCACACCACUUGUUUUGGUAAAUAGUUGAAGGAUGGGGUUAGAGAAAUGUCACCUCUCUCAAAAGCAGAGCUAUGGAUUCAAGGACUGAUUAUGCAUGAGAUCAAAAUGAUAAACAGUAUUUCUUUAAAAUUACAUUGAUGAUAUAUUUAAAAAAAAAAAGUACAACAGAAAUGACAUAGGAAGUGUAUCAGUAUUGUCUUUUACUUUCAAAACAGACUCCGCUGCUAUCAAAAGUAUUCAAAUGGUCAAACAAGUAUGACAAACUAUCCAGGAGUCAUAUCUGGUUACACUAGGAAGGGCUGCAGGAAAGGUAUGGAUCAAUCUAACCUACUGUACGAAUAGUACUUACAACUGUUAAACAUGUUUUCAGCAUUCACACUGUCAAGGAGUUGUAAAUAAGCUCUAAAUUGAGAUGACUGAGUGAUCAAGCACAAUAACAUUAGUAUGAAAAUAGGUUUAUUUAGCUUAAAAUAACUUCAGUUCCUUUAUAAAUCCAAUGUAGUUUUAUAUUAACCAUUGAUUUCUGUCCGUGGGUCAUUCUUCACGAAACUAGAACAACAAAAGAAUCAAUUUAAUCCUUUGGAGGAAGGAUUCUUGACCUAUAUUUGACAUUUAUACUUUAAAGUAUAAUUGAGAAAUAAUUAACUGAAGUUGGAAUAUUUGUGACAUUUCUGCCUUCCUUUAAAACUCCAUAAUCUGUAGGUGAUACAAAGUAAAGGUUGGUGACAGAUGGAACUUUACCACUUGCUCUGUAAUGUGAGCAGUGUUUUCGUUUCAAUAAAACAUUUCUUACAUACAUUUAUGAAUAUUUAAAAACAUAAACAUGAAUAUUGAAACAAUUUGUAUUUGGCACAUUUUUCAAUAUCUGAUCCCUCCAUCAAUCCCAUAACGCUAAUAGUAGCAGAGUUCCUACUCUGGAACUUUGAUAUGGAUGUAGAGUAUUUCAUGUUCAACAAUAUAUAGAAACACUUGCCAAAUCAUACAUUUUCAAUAUUCAUGUUUAUGUUUUUCAAUAUUCAUAAAUGUAUGUAAGAAAUGUGUUAUUGAAAUCAAAAUAUUACUCAUAUUACAGAGCAAGCGGUAAAGCUUCAUAUGACACCAACUGUGGCUUUGUAGCGCCUACAUAUGAAACACUAUGGAAUCUUAAAGGAGGCCUGGAUAAGGCUAAAAUGUCACAAAAAUUCCAACUUCAAUUAAUUAUUUCUCCAUUAUGCUUUAAGAUACAAAUGUUGAAUGUUGUACAAAACAUUAGGAACACCUUUCUAAUAUUGAGUUGCACUUCCUUUUGCCCUCAGAACAGCCUCAAUUAGUAUCCAAUGUUGACUCCAAUGCUUCCCACAGUUGUGUUAAGUUGGCUGGAUGUCCUUUGGGUUGUGGACCAUUCUUGAUAUACACGGAAAGCUGUUCAUAGUGAAAAACCCAGCAGCAUUGCAGUUCUUGACACACUCAAACCGGUGCUCCUGGCACCAACUACCAUACCCUGUUCAAAGGCAUUUCAAUCUUUUGUCUUACCCAAUCAACCUCUGAAUGGCACACAUACACAAUCCAUGUCUCAAUUGUCUCAAGGCUUGAAAAUCCUUCUUUAACCUGUCUCCUCCCCUUCAUCUACACUGAUUGAAGUGGAUUUAACAGGUGAAAUCAAUAAGGGAUCAUAGCUUUCACCUGGAUUCACCUUGUCAGUCUAUAUCAUGGAAAGAACAUGUUUUGUUCACUCAGUUUGUGUCAACAAUCCUUCCUCCAAAGGAUCAUUCUAUGGAUUAUAUCAUGAGGAAUCACCUCUGUGCUUUGUCUGUCCACACAGGUCCAGCAGUAGAGAUACUGGUGUUCUCUCUGGUUAGUGAGGGGAGGAGCAUGGCUGAAGCCCAGAAGUUCUGCAGGGAGUACUAUGAGGAACUGGCCACCAUCUUCAAUGCUGAGGACCAAACAACAGCUCUGAGAGCAGUGUCAGCACAGAGCCUCACUGACGCUAUCUGGGUCUACUCCCAAUACCAUGCCUUUUGGCCCCAACUGGCCUAUUGGAAUACGCCAAAUGCAAAGUGUGUUGUUCAUGGACAAAUAGCAAAAGUAUGGAUUUUGAGAGAUUGCACAAAUUCAUGUCACUUUGUGUGCCAGAAAAGUAAGUUGAUUUUCCAUCCCUUCUCUCCCUUGUCUGAUUUUUGUAAACUACUACUCCAAAGUAAUGUUAACACUUUACUUGAAGAGGGUUAGUCAUUCAGAACACCGUGGUACGGUACAUAGUACAUUUAAAAUCAUGUCACCUUCAUGAGUUACAGUAUCCUUUGACAACCGUCUAAGCAUAACAGAGACACAGCAGUUUGAAAUGUGGAUCGAACUCUAUUGGAAGACUUCUACCCGAUUGUGGCAGUGGUCCAAUGUGGACGCCUUUCCAUACUGCGUGUCUGAGCCUCAACUGGGGGCUAGUAACUGCUGCUCCCUGACCCAUAAGGGCCAUGGAGAGACUGAACAAGCCAUCCUGGACAAGAUAGACUGCUCUCUGAAAAGACCGUUCCUUUGCACUGGAAGUAAGACUGACAUCUUUUAUUGAACAGAUAGAGUAAAAGAUAGGCAGAUGUCAAAGGUUACUAGACUGGAUUCAAAACUAUUCUGACACAAUAGACGUGUUCCAGAGAUUGUGGCAUUACCACUAGACCGGCCAGGCCACAAGACUGCCAUCUUAUUGGGGUUAUUGGGGUUAUUGGGGGUCGUAAUACAGGGACAGGGAUGGCAUUUUAGCCCCAAUAGGGUUCCACUACAGCAAACACUGUCACAUGUGAUGCAUGUGAUUCACAGAGAUGCUACAUGUAGCCUACUCCAGUCACCUCUCUCUCCCCACCUUUCAAAUAUAUGUGCUCAUGUGGUUUCUAUUAUGAGAUAAUGAUUCCAUACUGGUAAAUAUAGAACACAGAGGCUUGCUACUACACAGUUCCAAAGAAAUGUACAGUCUUCAAAGGACAUUGGAAGAACAUUUAUAUUUAUUGUAAAUAAGCUGAAUCUCAUCUGGGUGGCUGUCUCAUCUUACCACUCUAAUGUCCCUCUAGGAAAGAGAUUCAAGCAGACCAUUGUCAGGAUGUCUCUGAAAUCUAACUCAGGAGCUGACCUCAAUGACCCAGUGGUUAAGGAACAGAUGUUGGAGCAGGUACAGUAGUCCUACAUCUCCCAUAUCAGAAAUCAAGGUCAUGCUCAAUCAUUUCACUCUUCUCAUGAUUAGGAAUAGAAACUUGACAUCACUGCUGGCUUUAUCUAGAUUGAUCAUAUCUCAUAGAUCAGAAAGGAGUUGGCAAAGAACAGAAACUUCAUCCAAGGCCUACGCUGGAGAGAACUGCCGAAUGGAGAUGUUUUUAACGAAACAGUUGAACUUGGAAGCCCUGAAGAA